AUGGUGGUUCAAGUACAUACGAUGAACCACCACCAAAUUCCAUUCACAAUUCUCCUUUUAGUUCUGAACAGCAUUCCUGUGAUCACAGUUUCGCUGUCGAUCAUCUUUUAUGAUCGGGUUGCUGUUCAUAUUUUUAGUAGGCUGACCCGCGUCACACUCCUCCGUAGGAUUGGGGUCGGAUUUUCAUUCCUCUUUUUAUCGAUGGUGGUGGCAGCCAUAGUUGAGGGUGUCUCACGUGCAGCACAUGGAGCGACUGAAGGGAUUUCUGUCUUUUGGCUCACUCCCCAGCUGAUAUUUGUGGGCAUCGCCAAUGCCGUUGGAGUAAUUGGCCAAAUUACUUUUUUUUCAUGA